CCGAGCAAGCUGCACUACAAGCCCCAGGGUGCCUUGCUGAGCGAUCGCUCGCCGGGGAGAGCAUGCAGAGCUCCGGCAGCCCCCAGCAGGGCCGCCCCCUGCCUCCCGAUCCCCGGGAGAGCGAAGAAGAAGAAGAGAGUGGCGGCGCGAGAAGCAUGUGGGUGUUUGGCUACGGCUCCCUCAUCUGGAAGGUGGAUUUCCCUUACGAGGACAAGAUGGUCGGGUACAUCACGGGCUACAGCAGGAGGUUCUGGCAAGGCAGCACGGAUCACCGCGGAGUGCCGGGAAAGCCUGGAAGAGUUGUGACACUUAUUGAAGAUCCUGAGGGCUGUGUAUGGGGUGUUGCAUACAAACUGCCACCAGGACAAGAAGGCGAAGUAAAAGCAUAUCUUGAUUUCCGAGAGAAAGGUGGCUACAGGACUACAACUGUCAUUUUCUAUCCGAAAGAUCCCUCAGUGGAACCGUUUGAUGUGCUGUUAUAUAUCGGAACCUGCGAAAACCCUAACUACCUUGGACCAGCACCUCUAGAAGAAAUUGCCAAACAGAUUUUUAAUGCAGUUGGUCCCAGUGGAAGAAACACAGAAUACCUGUUUGAACUCUGCAACUCCCUCAGGGAUCUCGUGCCAGAAGAUGUAGAUGAACAUCUUUUUACUUUAGAGAAACUAGUAAAGAAACUCUUAGAACAGGAAGAAAGCAAAAAUGUCAAUUCCAUAUAAUAAUCACAUUGUGAUUUCAAACAGUCUCUUCAUCAUCAGAACAGUUUCACUGAUGACAGUAGUAUGAUUUCAAGAUGCUCCAUGUGGACUUUGGAUAUAUUAAUUUUCAUGUUUCAUUCAGGGCGCUACUGUCAUUGAUCAGUAGAAAAUUAUGUUUAAAGCUAUGUCUUUAGGAGUUUAAGGGAGGAGGAGCUUUGAAUUUUGGUAAAAUUUUAAAGAAUGCAUUUCUCUCACUUUCUCAGAUAUGAAGAAAUUAUUUAUGCCCAAUUUAAGUUUGAGGGAAAUUUUUAUUGAUUUCAAGUUAUUUAGAUUUUUCUUCCUUUUAAAAAAAAUAUAGUUUGGGACUAGAUCCUGCACUCAGACAGACCAUGGAUGCAAUCCUAUACAUAUGUGCUCAGGAGCAAGUCUCCUUAAACCAGGCAUGGCCAAACUUGUCCCUCCAGAUGUUUUGGGACUACAACUCCCAUCAUCCCUAGCCAACAGGACCAGUGGUCAGGGAUGAUGGGAAUUGUCCCAAAACAUCUGGAGGGACAAGUUUGACCAUGCCUGCUUUAAACAAAGUGAAACCUGCUUUUGGGAGUAAACUUACAUAGGAUUGAGCUGUAUGUGUUGCCUUAGACCUCAACUACACUUAUUUAAGAGCAAUCCCAGUGGGACCAGUCUAUAGUGGUUUGUGGAUUAUAGCACUGACGUGGAAAUCCUAUGUACACUUUCUUGGAAAUAAGUCCUGAGGAAGUUCAACUGAUUUCAAAGUAAACUUCAUAGGAUUGCACUGUAAGCAGCAGUUAUUCCUAUGCAAAGUAGGAUACCGUAUUUUAAAAACAACUCACUACAGGAUAUAUAUCAUUUUGUUCAACUCCAUGAGUCAGCAGUUAGUUUAUAUAUAAACUAUCUGCCUCUUAAUAAAAUGAGCAACUAUUUGCAUGUGAAGGAAACUGCACUUUCCGUUUAGGAUGUAGGAAGACCUAUAGAAGCAAUGUGUAACUCAAAACAUAUUGGUGCCUUAUAUUUUCAUCACAAUACCUUUAAAAAAAACAAGUUAGGGAUAUGACUUGAAUUUACAAUAGCAAGAAUGUUCUGAAACUCCCAUACUUUAUCACUAGGCAUAGUAUUUUCACAACUAUCCUAUAGCUAAGUGCACACACAAUGGUGUGUAAGAUUCCCCCCCCCCCCGGUCUAUCUUGGGUCCUAUCACUUGUCAGUUUAAUCACAGAUUUGUAUUACAUAUUUAUCAACACUAAAUUAUCAUUAACACUAACUAUACCUUCUCCUAACCAGGAUUUGCAAUCCCCAAUUAAUAUGGGAACCUUAGGUAACUAUUGGUGCAGAUUUAAUGCUGAACUACGGUAAAAAGCAAAAGGUGGAAGAAGUGCAGAAGCUCACAGCUCACUCCUAAUCCAUUAUCCAUAGGUAAGAGAUCAGCAGUGUUAUGUCUGUACUAGACCAAAGACUUCAAAAGGAACACUGCAGAAUACUCUUUGAAGAUUGCAGCUUACUAGUAAACCGACUUUCAGCAGCACUUACUCUCAAGUCAGUGGCAAGGAUUUAAAGAUCCAUUCUUUGCAGCCUGUGGUGCUUUGUACUUACAUUUCUUAACGAGCACCCCACCCAUCCCUAUGGUGCAUGACAAAACACUUCUGAAACUGGGGGAAGUUUCAAAAGUAUUUUUAACAUGCCAUGGGAGAUUGGUUUCACAGCCAAAAUCAAAAUUCCCACUGGGUAAGCACAGGUAGACUGUUGGGGUAGCCUAAAGUACCUCUUUGCAUACAGACUAUUAUGUUUGGGUUGAGAUCCAACUUGCAUAGCAGGUUAAUCUCAGCCAUCAUUUAGGCACUUCUGAAACUUCUACUCCAUUUGCCAUCCUUUGUCUGCACAACUUCCACCCAAAUGGAUGGGAACUGUGUUAACUUUCCUAAGGGAUAAAUGAUGGCCUCAUUAUUGCAAUAGAUUCGCAAAAGGAGUUUCCGUCCCAACUGUGAAUUUCCUUGCUUCUCAUAGUUUAAGUUAUUUUCUUUAAGCCUUCAACAGAAGCAUAUUUUUGUAUUUUAAUAUAUAUUUAGAUACAUAUAUAUAUAUAUAUAAAGGUUCUCUUCCAAGUGUCAAGUGCUAUUCCAUUUUCUCAUAGCAAAAUGUGGUUCUGUAUUUCUUUCCAUUGUUCAUACUUAAGCCUGUAUGACUUUGCAUCAGUAACAGAACAAUUAUUUAUGUUUUGUGUCCAUAAACCAUCUCUCUUCCUUUUUAUUAGUUGCUUGUAAAAUGUUCCAUUGCAUUCCUUUGUGCGUGUGAGAGAGAGAAAGAAUGUAACACCUGUUCAAUAGA